AUGGAAAAUACUUCCUCAGAACAUGUUACCUUUUCAUCGUUGUCAUGGGGCUUGCUUGAUUUUGCUACAUCUAGACUAGUUUCUUUUCAUUCAACGUUCCUCUUCGUGCUUCUCAUUAUGUCCCUUUCUGUUGUGAAAGCAAAGGGCAAAGCCAGCAAGAAAAAGAGCAACCAAGCACCUCUCCCUCCAGGCCCAACUCCCUGGCCAAUCAUUGGAAACCUCCCGGAGAUAUGGAGAAAGAGGCCAGCCUUUCGGUGGAUUCAUGGCCUUAUGAAAGAACUCCACACCGAUAUUCUUUGUGUCCGCCUUGCAAACACUCAUGUCGUCGCUGUCACGUCGCCUGUCAUAGCUCGAGAGUUCUUGAAGAAAAAUGAUUCAGUUUUUGCAUCGAGGCCUGUUACGAUGGCAACCGAGUACUCCAGCCGAAGGUUCUUGACAAUAGCUGUGGUUCCGUGGGGAGAUCAAUGGAAGAAAAUGAGAAGGGUAGUAACCUGUGAGAUUGUCAGUGCAUCCAAACUCCGCUCUUUACUUGAGAACAGAACCGAAGAAGCUGAUAACCUUGUUAGGUUCAUCUACAACCAAUGUAGAAGCAACCAAUCCACUGCCUCAGCAGUCGUUAAUCUGAGGCUUGCAAUGAGGCAAUACAGUGGAAAUGUCAUCAGGAAGAUGAUAUUCAACCGAAGAUACUUUGGGGAAGGUAGAAAAGAUGGAGGGCCUGGAUAUGAAGAAGAAGAGCAUGUGGAAUCACUCUUCACAGUGCUCAAGCACCUUUACUCUUUCAUCUUAUCAGACUAUAUACCCUGGUUGAGACCAUUUGAUUUGGAGGGCCAUGAGAAGACUGUAAGGAAGGCUAUGAAAAUUGUGAAUGAGUACCAGGAUCCCUUGAUCGACGAGAGGGUCCAAGAGUGGAGAAAAGGCAAGAGGACGGAGGCUGAAGACCUCCUUGAUGCCUUCAUUUUAGCCAAGGAUUCGAAUGGGAAGCCGGCUCUUUCAAUCGAAGAGAUUAAAGCCCAAUGCGCGGAGUUAAUGCUUGCAACCGUAGACAAUCCUUCAAACGCUGUGGAAUGGGCGAUGGCGGAAAUGAUCAACCAACCUGAAAUUCUCCAGAAAGCAGUCGAGGAAAUAGAUGCUGUGGUCGGAAAAGAGAGGCUGGUUCAAGAAGCUGACAUUCCCAAACUCAACUACGUCAAAGCUUGUGCAAGGGAAGGCUUUCGUCUUCACCCCAUUGCGCCCUUCAACCUACCCCACGUCUCUACCGCCGACGCCACUGUUGCUGGCUACUUCAUUCCCAAAGGUAGUCACGUCUUGCUCAGUCGUUACGGCUUAGGCCGGAACCCCAAGGUUUGGGAUGACCCACUGAAGUUCAACCCUGAGCGCCAUUUGAAGGAUGGUUCCAUGUGCGUUGAUCUGACGGAGACAGACCUGAGGUUCAUUUCUUUCAGCGCAGGAAGGCGCGGGUGCAUGGGCGUGGCUCUUGGGACUGCAAUGACCGUAAUGCUGUUGGCAAGGCUGCUUCAAGGUUUCACUUGGAGGGUUCCACCGAAUGAGGCAAACAUCGAUCUCUCUGAAGCAAAAGAUGAUCUCUUCAUGGCCAAACCUUUGCAUGCACUUGGUCAACCUCGAUUGCCUGCUCAUCUUUAUCCAGCUAAUUAA